AUGGUCAACCUUCCAUCGGCGAAUGGUAGAGAGCCAAUUUCAGAGCCAUCUUCGAGACCAAGGUCGAGGGAUAGGGCCAAUUCAAAGAGCAGACAUACUCGAUCGUCCUCAGCGAUGGCCAAAUCAAUAGCAGAUGAAUUUUCCGGUCUUACACCCGCAGAAACCGCAGAACGAUUGCAGACCUCACUCACGUCAGGUUUGACACCCGCAGAAGCUCUUGCUAGAUUACACGAUCAAGGACCGAAUGAACUUCCCCACGAACCUCCCGAACCAUUAUGGCUUCGAUUUGUGAAGCAAUUUAAGGAAACUUUGAUUCUGUUGUUGUUGGGUUCAGCUGUUAUGUCAGUAAUAGCUGGGAACAAAGAUGAUGCGAUCAGUAUUGCCGUUGCAGUUACAAUUGUGGUUACGAACACCUGCAUGGCCCCUAGUACCCGAGAUGUCCCAGAGACGGAAGCAUUGAUGGCAGACUCUGGAUCUGACGCGGAUUCUAGUAUGGCAGAAUCUGUAUCACAAAAAAUGAUGGCAUCGAAACUGGUUCCUGGAGAUCUCGUUUUAUUUACUACUGGGGAUCGUAUACCUGCCGAUAUUCGUGUCACAAAAGCUUCAGAUUUGACAAUUGAUGAAUCCAAUUUAACUGGAGAAAAUGAGCCUGUCCGGAUCACUGCGGAAGCUAGACAUAUCGAUUUUAGACCCGGAUCUAGCUCACUAGAACCACCUACAUCCUCCGAUUAUGCCUCUCCUGCCAGUGGAGCUGUAGGUGCAGAUAUCAGAUUAAAUAGUACGACUAAUAUUGCUUUCAUGGGAACACUUGUAAGAUCUGGGCAUGGUCAAGGAAUCGUCUAUGCAACAGGUGGAAAUACUCAUUUUGGAACGAUUGCUGCAAGUGUAUCGGAAACGGAAAGUCCUAGAACUCCCCUACAGCUUUCAAUGGACGAUUUAGGGAACCACUUAAGUCAAGCUUCUUUCGUUAUUAUUGCGGUAAUCUCUUUAGUUGGAUGGUUACAAGGAAAAGCAUGGUUGGAUAUAUUCACAAUUUCGAUAUCCUUAGCUGUUGCAGCUAUCCCUGAAGGUUUACCAAUUAUUGUUACAGUCACCUUGGCUCUUGGCGUACAUCGAAUGGCACGACACAAUGCUAUAGUACGAAAAAUGCCAAGUGUGGAAACUCUAGGAUCGGUCAAUGUUGUUUGUAGUGAUAAAACAGGUACCCUUACCAUGAACCAUAUGACUACUGUUAAAAUGUGGUAUUCUGAUGCCGAUGCUCCAUUGGACGUUGAUUCGGAUGAUGAGACUGUAGAAUCUAAAGCUGAUACUGUGGCUCUUCGUAUUCUUCGCAUCGGAAAUAUAGCUAAUAAUGCACGUCUUACUCAUCUUCAUGCCCCAUCAGCGUCGUCAGUCGCUAUUUUAUCCUCUACUCAGGGUCGUGCUUCAGGUCAAGUCUUAAAAAGCAGGUGGGUCGGUCAGCCGACUGACGUUGCGAUGCUUGAUAUGCUCGAUCGAUUCAGAGAGCAUGACGUCCGUGAAGGUUUGGGUCAUCGUAUUGGGGAAACCCCAUUCAGUUCUGAAAGAAAAUGGAUGGGUGUUACCAUUGGAGAUUUGGGUCCGGAAGGUACAUCAAGUCCAAAAGAACAUGCUUAUAUCAAAGGAGCUAUCGAGCGAGUUUUGGAAAGGUGUGAUACAUAUCUUACAAAAGACGGCCGUGAAGUUCAAUUGGAUGCGGCAAAGAGACAACAAGCUUUACAAGCUGCCGAAAAACUUGCCUCUGAAGGACUUAGAGUUCUUGGUUUUGCUAGUGGCCCAGUUGCCAGGCACGCUAAAUCGUUGGCUCCAACAAGCCGAAGUGCAACACCAAUCUCGAAACUAGACCACCAUGUGUCUCACAGCGAAGACGUCUACAACGGUCUCACGUUUGCUGGGUUGGUUGGUAUGAGUGAUCCUCCACGAACAGGUGUUUCGAAAUCGAUUCGACGACUCAUGCGGGGCGGUGUUAAAGUGAUCAUGAUCACUGGAGAUGCUGAAACAACUGCUCUCGCUAUUGCAAAGAAGCUCGGUAUGCCUGUUGCAGCACCACGUGCUCAUUCAGUAAACUCUGUAGAAGUUAGACCAGUCUUACGAGGUGAUGAGAUAGAUGAGAUGACCGACGCAGAGUUACAAGCCGCCAUAGCCAAUACUUCCGUAUUCGCCAGAACCAGUCCAGAUCACAAGAUGAAGAUUAUCAGAGCACUACAAGCUCGUGGUGAUAUUGUCGCAAUGACUGGUGAUGGUGUCAAUGAUGCACCUGCCCUCAAGAAAGCUGACAUUGGCAUAUCUAUGGGUUUACAAGGAACAGAUGUUGCCAAAGAAGCUGCAGAUAUGAUCUUGACUGAUGACGAUUUUUCAACUAUUCUCAAAGCAAUCGAAGAGGGCAAAGGCAUUUUCAGUAAUAUCCAAAAUUUCCUUACAUUUCAACUUAGUACAAGCGCUGCGGCACUUAGCUUGGUUUUAGUCUGCACGUGUUUGGGAUUCAAGAAUCCCUUAAAUGCGAUGCAGAUCCUUUGGAUUAAUAUUAUUAUGGAUGGACCCCCAGCUCAAUCAUUAGGCGUGGAGCCAGUGGAUCCAGAUGUUAUGAACCGACCACCCCGAAAGAGGAAUGCUCCUGUACUUACAAGAGCGUUGAUCACUCGAGUCCUUACGUCCGCUACCAUUAUCAUGUUAGGUACCAUGGCAGUUUAUACUCACGAAAUGCUUUCAGAUGGUAAAGUCAGUAAGAGAGAUACAACCAUGACCUUUACCUGCUUCGUUCUUUUCGAUAUGUUUAAUGCGUUGAACUGUCGUUCAGAAUCAAAGUCUGUCCUCAGAGGUGAGGUCGGGCUGUUUUCGAACAAGCUAUUCAAUUGGGCAGUAUCGUUGAGUCUUGGUGGACAAAUACUAGUCAUAUACUUCCCCUGGCUUCAGGAAGUAUUUCAAACAGAAGCUCUGGCACUUACAGAUUUGGUUGGCUUGGUUAUCUUAACAAGUUCUGUAUUCUGGGCGGAUGAAGCAAGAAAAUGGUGGAAAUCAAGGAGUAGAAGAAGGCUUGGUAGUGGGUAUAGUCAAGUCAUGCACCCGACCUCAACCCAGCUUCCCCAAAGAAGAGCUACCCAUGCCUCAACCCACCCAAUGCCUCCACCCGGCCUCCUAAAUGGCAGUCUCACACCUCUACCCACAACACCGUCUCCAGAAUCAGCUCAAUCAUCCAUUCACAAUGCCUCCUCCCUAGCCUCUAUCCAAAACAUCCUCUCAAACCUCCAUACCCGCGACGCAGCGAUCACUACUAGUCUCCAAUCCCUCAUCUCUUCUCAAGCCUCCCUCUCCCGCGAUCUCGGCCGGCUCGAUCUCUUACGCGCGCAUCUUGGCACAAAUGUUAUAAAUACCAGGGCGAUUUCAAAUGGAAUGCUGGAUAAUGCCGCCGGCACGGCUGAGAAGUUGAGCUCAAAAGUAAAGGAAUUGGAUUUGGAGAAGAAACGAGUCGAGGAAACAUUGGGUGUUGUAGAACAAGUCGCGGAAUUGAAAGCAUGCGUCAAUGGCGUAGUGGGUAGUAUGGGGGCUCCGCAAGACUGGGAAGCUGCAGCGGGAUAUAUUGCAAGAGCGUCGAAGAUCCCAGCACAUAUUGUUGAGGGCAAUUUUGCGGCAAGGACGGUUCCGAGUGUUGAGGUACCGGAUGCGCCAGGUGUGACGAUUGAGGAGGCGAAGAAAAGCUUGUGCGGAUUGUUUUUGAGAGAGUUUGAGAAGGCGGCUGAGGAAGGGGAUGGAGUGAGAGUUACGAGGUUCUUUAAAUUGUUCCCAUUGAUUGGGAGGGAAGAGGUUGGGCUGGAUGUUUAUGGAAAAUAUGUUUGUCAAGGAGUAGCAGGAACGGCGAGGAAGAAUUUAAAGGAGGGGACGAAAGGGGAGAGAGGUAAAGAGGUAUUUUUCUACGCGCAGGCGUUGACGAGGUUGUUUGAACACAUUGCGCAGAUCGUGGAGGGACAUGGAGGGUUGGUGGAAAGACACUAUGGGGCCGGGAAGAUGGUUAGAGUGAUAGAGAGAUUACAGGCUGAGGCCGACGUGCAGGGCGGGAUUGUUUUGGACACAUGGGGAGACGAGAAAAAUGUCGAUAGGAGAUUGACAGACGUGAGAAGUUAUCCGUUUUCUUUCUUGGUGCAAAGCUUUCUACCGAAUCAAAGACCAACUGGAAUCUCGAGGACGGGCUCACCUGCAGUUGGAGCGGCUGCUAAUGGGAGAGCAAGUGAAGAUGAGGGUGUGGAUAUGAAAGAAGUAGAUGGUCUUUUGAAUGAGAUGGCUGUGAUGUUAGGUCGUUGGUCAUUGUAUACUCGAUUCUUGAGCGGCAAAUGCAGGGAUCCAGAAGCUAGCGCAGAUGAUCCUCUAGUCAUGCCGGAGUUAUUAGACAAAUCAGCUCUUAGUCGAAAAAUCUCAAAUCGUCUGAAGGAUCCAUUUAAUGUUAUGACUACAUUUUUCUUCCGACGAUCUGUUGAGAAAGCAUUUCAAUUGGAUGAAUCUCCUACAGGAUUGUCUCUCAAUCUAUCAAAACCUAUAGAUGGAACUGCUCCAUAUAUAAUCUCUGCUGUUGAUGAUGUUAUGUAUAUCGUCAAUGCAGUACUUAAACGAUCCAUCUCAACAUCACAACGUGGUGUAAUCGAAUCCGUUAUUCCAGCAAUAAGCAGAGUUUUGGGAACCGAUUUUGUAGGAAUGGUUCAACGCAAAAUGCGAGACGAAUCUUACCCAAAACCACUCGUCCAAGGCGGAUUUCCACCGGAAGAUAGAAUUAUCGCCUUUAUCGUCCUGAUCAACAGUCUUGUUGUAUCAAAUGACUAUAUUUCCAGAAUUGUGUCGAGUCAUCUCCAAUCUUCCGAAACAAACAGCGCAUCUCACGCUAAAGGUGUACCACCUGCUCCAGCUUUGAAAGACAUGUUCCCCUAUGGUCAUGAUGCCACUUUCGUUUCUAAUUCUCUUACAAGUCUCAAUACGACAUUCUCGUCAAAGACCAACGAGUUGAUCAGCGAAGGUCUGCAAGUAAUGUUCAAUAACGUCAUCAAACCACGUCUCCGUCCAGUCUUAAGCGAAACAUUCCGCGAUGUAGAUUACUCCCUUACAUCAGAAGAUCUCGCUGAAAUAGCCCGCCAAAAUGAUACUGAUGAUGAUCCUCAAGAAAUACUACAGGACAUGGUAUCUCGUCGUUUCGAACAUCACUGGGAUGCUCUCAUGAAACCUAUUCAUAGAAUCAUGUCUACGACACCAUUCAAUACCCUCCUAGAGCAAACCGCUCAAUAUCUAGCAAGAGUUCUAGAAAGAAGGGUUUGGAAUUAUAGCGGGAAAAUGAAUGCAUUAGGAGCAACUAGGAUGGAAAGAGAUUAUGGAGGGAUUGUAGGAGUAAUUGCCAGAGGAGGAAAGUAUGGCUUGAGAGAUGUUUUUGCGAGGGUACUGCAGGUUGCUAUGGUUGUCAAUAUGGAUGAGGAAGAAUGGGAGGCGGUUAAUGUUGAAGGUGAUGGAUUGGGUGAAGAGGAAGUGGAGAUGGUUUGGGUAUUGACGGUAGAUGAGAGAACAAGGGCUAGAGGUAUGGUUAGGGAGUGA